CGAGUUCUCCCCCGAAACCCCUUAAUCUAGUGUGCGUUUGAUAAUAAUCAAACUUGUGUCGUACAUUAUCUCAUUGAAUCGAAAAGAGAACAGCAACAUGUUUAAGCAAAGUUGUUCCAAUCUAAUUAAAAUACCAAAACAACGAGUACGCCAAUGGCUGAACACGUUCGACGUGGUUCUCUGCGAUGCUGAUGGAGUUCUUUGGCAUUUGGAUCGACCAAUAGAGGGUGCAGCGGAUACAUUUAAUCUACUGUCUGCUUCAGGGAAACAGACCUUUCUGGUGACAAACGAUUCGUCAAUGCUGGCUGCAGACCUGAGCAGGAAGGCCAAUAAAUUUGGAAUUGUUGCCCAAGAGCAUGAAGUUCUUAGCUCCUCGCUGUCCAUAGCCAAUUUUUUAAGUGCUAAAAAUUUUCAGAAAAAAGCCUAUGUGGUGGGCGAACGUGGUAUUGUGCAGGAAUUGGCUAAAAUUGGUAUUUGUGCAUUUUCCAGUGAUGACAAGAAGUCGGUUAAAUCCCAUAUAACCAUGCAAGAGUUUGCUUCUAAAGUUAAACUUGAUGCAAAUGUAGGAGCUGUAAUUGUGGGUAAAGAUGAGGAGUUUACAGUACCGAAAAUAAUACGAGCUAGUUCAUAUCUACGGAAUGACAAUGUCCUCUUUCUUGGAACUUGUCUGGAUGCCGCCUAUCCUGUUGGGGAGAAGCGUUUAAUUGUAGGUGCGGGAGCUAUGGUGGCGGCCAUUAAGGCACUCACUUUUCGAAAACCUCUUAUUUUGGGCAAGCCUAAUCCCUGGAUGGUGGCCCAUCUGCAGCAGCGUGGAGUAAUUAAGCCCGAAACAACUCUUAUGAUUGGGGAUACUCUCUCUACGGACAUUAUUUUCGCCCACAAUUGCGGGUUUCAAUCUCUGUUUGUUGGCACCGGAGUUAACACUUUAAAGGAUGUUCAAAAAAUUUGUGAAGAUGGUGAUGAGAAAAAAUUGAUAAUGAUUCCGGAUACAUACUUGCCGAGCCUGGCAGAUUUGCAGGAAUUCCUUUGUUAGGAGUUUCGUGUUUUUGCAUAAAAAUUGUAAAUUAGCAUUUCUUCAGUUUGUGCAUAAAAUCCAUACAAAUAUAAGUCAAAUAUUGUACACACACAA